UAUUUAAAAAGUCACAAAAGCCACCCAUAAAAUUUUUUUGAUAGUAUAUGGAGGUGGAUCCGAGGCGCAAGCAGUGUGAAGACCCUCUUUUCAUUUCUAUAUUUUAAAAAUGGCUCCCGUCAAGGCUACCACCUCUGCUGUCAAGAAGUCUAAGUUCGUUAUCGACUGUUCCGGUCCCGCUAACGACAAGAUCUUCGAUGCCGCUGCCUUCGAGAAGUACCUUCACGAUCGUAUCAAGGUUGAUGGUCGUACCAACAACCUCGGUGAAGCCGUUGCCAUCUCUCGUUCUGCUGACAACAAGAUCACCGUUGUCACCAACAUCCCCUUCUCCAAGCGUUACCUCAAGUACCUCACCAAGAAGUUCUUGAAGAAGAACCAAAUCCGUGAUUGGCUCCGUGUCAUUGCUUCUGACAAGCAAACCUUCGAGCUCCGUUACUUCAACAUCGCCAACGAUGAAGAGAACGAGGAUGACGAAUAAAUAUUUUAACCUUCUUAGACUAUUUCCUCAGAAUAAAUAAUUUAUUUUUUACAUAUAUGAUUGGACUUUGAGGAUAUGCAUGCACAGCCCCAGCAGUGUUUGUCUAACAUAUGCGUGCACUGACAUUAUUUUACCCUUUAAAGUUAGGCGGCACUUUCUUUUCUUUUUUUUUUGCAUUGCCAACAUAGCACUUCAUUUACCUAAAAUACAUCGUGCCA